UAUAAAUGUUCACAGUCGCGUUCAAGCGUUGAACAGCUGGUGUAACGAUUCUGGAUGGCUUUCGCUAUUGUUCCAUGCUUUCGCGCCUCCAUCGGGUAUUGCCGCCAACCGUCAACAUACAAAAUAAAAAACAAACAUUGCCAAAAUUAACGAAACAUGGAGAUCUCGGACUCGCUAGUCAGCAGCAACCGUUCGCCCGACUCUGUCCUCUUGGCGUUGGGUAUAACUCUGGAAACCGUAAACUCCAUUUGCUCCCGCCGUAUGCGUCUUCCCGGCGUGUCUGGGAACACUACCGAAACACGUAACAAUCACCGGUCAUGACGAGUAUUUUACAUUAACCGUUCGACGACCUGUCGGGGUACACGGAGGCGAGUUGAGAGUUCGUACUUCUUAGUUCGUGGUUCACGGGAGUGACGCCGUGACAGCGCCGAGAAUACGUCCGAGUUUGCCGCGUUGGACUUUUGAAGCCUCGCUGACUGUCGGUCCAUAAAUAUCAGCUAACGCCAGGCGAUAAAUCGGAUUAGUUUCUAUUUCGGUACAUCGUGAUAUCUAGGAUUUCUACAACUUUCGCCAUUGCAAGAGUUCUGAUUAUCCUAUUGCUUUAAAACGAUUACCAUACGAGGAACAGCAUUAACUCAUGAGCUUUGCUUUAUCAUAGAAUUGUAUGUGGUGACCGCAGAAGAUAGCACUUGUAGGUAUUCUGAAGCUGUGUCAUUCUACUCUGAUGACUGGAAGUGUGAUUUGUAUUGCAAAUGAUGAAGAUCUGUUGUACUGAGUCAGCACUGAGCUAAUUGAGCCACGAGACACUGAUAGUAUAGCCUGUGACUUACAAACUCCACUUGUGACUGAUAAUAUUAUAAUAAUUUACAAUGGCUGAGAUUAUGAAUAUUGAUGUAUCGAUUAAGUUGCCUCCACUAUUGCUGCAAUCAUUUUCUAUCAAUAAUUACGAAGCCAAAUGUAUGAAAUGUAAUAUUUCAUGUGCACCUGAAGAGGAAGAUAUUCUUUUUCAUCUUUCUGUAUGUAAUGGGACCCUUAUUGAAGAAAAUAUUCAAACACUAUUUAAAUUCAAUUGCUUGGAGUGUAAUUAUUUAACUCAUAGUAUUGAUCAAUGGAAGUGUCAUUUAUUCAAACUUGAUCAUAUUUCCAAAAGUUUUGAUUUUGAUAUAUUAAGAUUAUCGUACGAUUGCAAAUCGUGUAAUACUCAUUUUUUUGGCUUUAGAGAUAGUAUACUUAAACAUCAUUGCAAACCUCAAUUUAUUCCAUCAAUAUCAUAUUUAAUGUCUUCUGUUUAUAAGAAUUACAAUGUUCAGGAUGAACAGACCAUGUUUCAUUAUUGUACGGAUUGCUCAUUUUUCACUGAUAACUUAACAGAAUUACACAAGAAGGAACAUAGUGAAGUUGCUGACCCUUCUGUAUGCCAUUCAUGUCUAAUAACAUUUUAUGGUUCUAGUAAUGAAGAAUUUUUAAAUCACAAAGUUUCAUUUGAACAUAUACUUCUGUGGUGUUUAAACGGUGCUCGGAGUGUACCAAAAAUGUCAACUACAGCGUUUCAAAACUUGCCAUACUACAUUACAAAAUAUUUUGUUAUUAGUCCAUUGUUGAAAAAGUUUUGUUGUAUUGUCUGUAAUACAAAAAACAUACUAACAUAUGAAUGUAUUUAUGAUCAUUUUUACAAUUGUAUUUCUUCCAAAGAAAUUUCCGAUGUCAAAGGCUGCAAUCCGUUGCUAAGCAUAAAUUGUAAUUUGUGCGAUUAUUCAUGUUUUUCAGUAGAUGACAUGUACAAAUGUUGGGUGGACCAUGUAAUAAGUUUUGAUCAUUUGAGUAAAACUGUGGUUAAAAAAAAAAACAAACAGAAAUUGUUUUCAUAUUACUGCUAUGUAAGUGAAACUGUAUUUUUUGGUUCAGAUUCUUUCAUUAAAAAUUUAAUAAUGAAAACGAAUAAUGAUAUCGGACGUCUGUUGUUUGUACCAGAUUUAAUGGCUACAGUGUAUAAAAAUGUCACAAAUGCACAUUUCAGCUGUAAUAUUUUAUUUUGUUGUGGAAUUUGUCAAAAUCAUACAGUCAACCAGUUUAAUUGUGUACAUAAAAAUAAUGAUUCAAAUCUAUCACUUUAUUGUUUCACUUGUUUAGUAGUAUUCAAUGUCAGAUCUGACUACUAUGAACAUCUUGUUAGUAGUGAACAUAUUAUUUUGAAAUAUUUUAAAUCUAAUCAAUUAGCCGAACUUAAGAUUCUUGAUCAUACCAUGGAAACAAUGAAAAUAUAUUUAACUAAUUUAAAUAAAAGUGAUGAUGAUGAUGACGAUGAUGAUGAUGAUGAUGAUGAUGAUGACAACCCUCAAGAGACCAUAUGUCAGAACAAUAAUGAAAUGAUUAUUUCCACACAAAACCUAACAUCCUGUGAUCCAAAAGAAAUCAUUAUUACAAAAUUAAUAGAAAAACUAUCUGCACAGCCAAUAAAGUCUGCAUUUAACAAUUAUAUUAGAGAGAAAUUUGGUUUAUUUAUCCGAGAGCUGCAAACAAGUAAUAAUAUUGAAUUAUCAAUGGGGUUUUACUGUGAAAUCUGUGAUAUAAUUCUUUGUAAUCGUGAUGUUUGGAUUGAACAUGACAAAGAGUUUCAUAUCAAAGGUAUGGACCUUAAGGUUUUAUUCUGUGAUGUUUGUUGCAUUUACCACGUGAGUGCUCAGAUUGAUAAUAUCGAACGGCAUUUAAUGACUGUGGAACAUAUUACAAUGGAAGUGUUUCAAAAUCAAAUCCAAACCUCAAUAAAUAACAUCAAUAGUCUUCAUAAAAAUUCUAAUCCCACCAAUGAUGACAAGGAUUCUGAUUUCAAUGUUGAAAUUAAAAAAAUUCAAAAUUCAAAUGAAUAUAAUAUAAAGAACAAAACUAUUUAUAUAGAAAUUAAAAACGUGGAUAGCAAUUUAAAAAAAAAUAACUAUAUUGUAUUAAACAAAAUAAUUCUAGAACGAUAUGGUAAAUUCAAACUGGUUGAAAAUGUAAACAAUUCAUUUGUGAUUCUUUUCGAAAAUAGAUCCCAAGUUAAACGUUUACGUGAGGAUACAAAAGAAUUGGAAAACCAGUAUGGCUUUACAAUACAUAUUAUAGAAAAUCAUUCAGAAAAAGUAUUAUCGUUGGAAACAAUGGAUUUAUUUAAAGAUUGGGGCUUGUUGUGUGCCAGAAUUCUCAGUGAUUUAGAAUUGAUGAAUUUGUCAUUAACUAGUACAGAAAUACAAUCCCGUGUUCAACAACUAUGUGACUCAAUAUCUAGCUUUCAAAUUAAUACAGAUUCAAAAAAGAUUCACAUUUUUGGUUCUCGAAUUUAUGGACUUGCAACAAAUACAACUGAUAUAGAUAUAUAUUUGGAAAUCGAUGACACGUUUGACGGAAUAAUAGCAAAUAAUGAAGAAAUUCAAGUGGAAUAUGUACAACAAUUUACGAAAUAUUGUUUACUGAAGCCCGAAGUCUUUCAAAAUGUUAAAUCAAUCUGUAAUUGCCGGGUCCCUAUUGUUACAUUUUAUCACGUACCAUCUAAGUUCAUCUGCGAUGUGUCCUUUAAAAGUGGUCUUGGCACGUAUAACACUAAGCUAAUCAAAUUUUAUUUGUCGAUGGACACUACUGUGAAGUGGCUGGUUUGUGUUAUUGUAAAGAAUUGGGCUCUCCAAAAUGGUUUAAAAGACAGAAACUUGUUCACCAGCUAUGCCUUGAUUUGGCUGGUACUGUUUUAUUUGAUGACGGAAAAAGUGGUUCCAUCGUUGAUCAAACUCAGGCAAAAUGCUACUAAAGCUGAUCAUAAAGUCAUUGAAGGAUGGGACUGUACGUUCGGAAAAUGUUCGGUCUAUAUCAGUGAAGAUAAACGCCCAAAACUGUUAAUGGGUUUUUUUCAAUACUAUGCCAAUAAGAGAGCAUUAAAGGACAAUGUACUGUCUACUUGCACCGGUCAGUUAAUAAAAAAGCAUGCAUUUUAUGAAAAGUUCAGCCAGUUGCCUGGACUAAGUAAAAUACAGAGAACAAAGUUUAAAAACUUUAAAGCCAAAGUUGAUUCAAGUUUUGAAAAAAAUUACGGACUGGUUUUGCAAGAUCCAUUUGAACUGUCAUUCAACCUAACCAGAAAUUUACAUAAUCAAGCUUUGACAGACUUUUGUGAUCUGUGUCAUCAAAGUUCAACCCUUUUGAUUAAUAUGAAGGGUUAUAGUAUGUUUUCUAAUACCUAAUAUUUUUUUAUAAUUCUACUUUUUUUAUGUUUAACAAAUGUUCUGGACUUAAGUUAAUAAUCCUUGUAUUAUAUAAUAGUAAAUUUAAACAAAAUGUCUAAAAAACACAAUUUUUAUAAAUCAUUUGAAAUUGCAUUA